AUGAGCACAUAUGAGACGGUUGGUUAUAAUCAUGUUGUAGUUGGUCUUCUCGGUUCAUCAAAAGCGUUUAAAACCGGUACAAUAUACAGUAGUACAGCCAACACAUCAUCACACUCUCAACAAACCGCUCUAAGCAUUUUAAUAACAGACGCCUACAAAGAUAUAAUAUCAAAGUGGAAAUCAUCAUAUAAUCUCAAACAAAAUGCGAUUAUAUGUUGUAUUCAAGCUUAUGAGUAUCGUGAGCCCCAUAAUUAUCAUCACAUAUCAGCUAUUGAUCGAUGCAUGCAAGAUGUACAACAUCAACAAUAUAUCAAUGAGAGUUCACAUACCCGAGCAAAAGAUAAAAUUGGUCCAUUACCUCCAAAAUGUUUUUAUAUCUCUUCAACUCAAAUGUUUGAAAAUAUUUUACAAUGUGUCAGUCGUAUUAUGCUUCAAACUGGUCGAUCAGCAGACGCUGUUACUACGAUACUCUCGUUUAAAUUCGAUCGUAAUCCUCAUAUGACACCAUCCGUUGGUUGUUGUAACGGCAAAAAUAAACUUCAAACAUUCCAACCAGUUCGUUUAACAUUCGUUGAUACAAGAACAUCACAAACAGAUGAUCUACAACAAUUGGUACAAUUGAUUCAAAACUAUCCAGACUUUGUUAAACAAAUUACUCAACAAUUUGAUGUUGAUAAUGCAAAUCAUAGUUCGAAUGUUAGUCAAUUAUCAACAACUCCAGCACAACAAUAUCCUCAACGAAGAUCAACAUAUUCUGAUUAUGGAUCAAAUGUCAAUGCUCAACACGAGGAUUAUGACCUAUCAUAUUCAUCUUAUUACAUACCGUUAUCCAUGAAUCAAAAUCAAAAUGAUAAAGUGGAAAAACAUAUACCACCGGGCACUUUAUUGAAACAGACAAAAUUAGUAACAUUAGCAUUUUAUAAAUUGAAUUCAAUGUCAUCUAAAGAUACAUUAAAAUAUUUUGAUAGUUUGGCAAUGAUCAACGGUCUUCCAAUUGAACAGGAAUAUUCACAAAAACCAAUCAUACCAAUGAAUCAAACACCAAUAGUGCUUGAUAGACUACAACGAUGUAAAGAUAUUAUUACUCAAUUAGAUGAAAAUUGCAGUGAACCACAAUGUGGGCGAUACUCUCUAUUUCAAAGUAAUACUGAAACAAUGAUGGUUGUUUGUGCUUGUCCACCAACCGAUUGUGUUGAUGUUUGUAAACAUACGAAAAUUUAUAAAAUGACUGAAAUUGAUCCAGAAAAAGAAGGUUUCAUAAACAAAGAAUCAUGUAUACAUAAAUUAUCACAAAUUGAAGAACUGGUCUCCGUGCCUGAAGAUGAACCUGUGCUAAGAACAAUCAAUACGGAGGAUAAUGACACCAAUGAUUUAGAGGACGAAGACACGGAAGAGCUAGAAGAUCUAAGCACAGAAAAACCAGUCGCUGCACCACUGCCAUUAUCUGAUGAUGACUGUGAACAUAAAAAGUGUGGAUGUGUUAACAUAACAGCAGAUCAAAUUGUUUUUCAACUAAAUCAACAGUUUAAAUAUGAUGAAGCUAUGAAUGGUCUUGCUGAUUGGUUAGCCAAACAAAAAGUUGUUCUACGAACAACACACGCCGAUCUAGAUAAUCCAUAUAUACGUAAAGUAUACGAUAAUGUUAAAAAUAAUGAAAAUUAUAUUGAAGUAAUGAAGAAAAAUGAUAUUAAUAAACCAUUAAUCAUUAUGUCUGAAAAUAAUAAAUCGGCUAGAUCAACAAGAGAUCGUCAUUGCUGUUAG